CGGAGAGCCUGUUUACUUGCGACACAGCCAGCCACACAUGUGAGGGAAACGAUGGCUAGUGGAGAAGUGUGGAGCGUGCUGGAGGAGUGCGUAAAGAAAAUAAACGUCAACACAGCACAUCCAGAAAACUUUCUGAGCCUUCAAGAUGGAGUGGCAGCAGACUUUACCUCUCUCACUAAGACCCUGUAUGACCUCCACAAAGCUCAGGAGCCUGCAGAUUUUAAAGGAAGCCCGUUGGCUCAGCUGGUGGUGGAAAACUUUGAUGAAGAGCAGAUCUGGCAGGAGCUGGAGCUGCAGAACAAUGCUGUACUGAAACACUUUAAAAAUGCUACUGACGAGGCUUUGUCAGAUGCAACAUUGAUGCUGCUGGUAGAGGAGGAGGAGGAAGAGGAGGAGGAAGAAGUAGAGACUGAUGGUGAAAGUGUGGAUGAGGAAGAAGAUGAGGAGCAACCACCAGGACAGUCUAAGAAAAUGGCUGCGAAGGCAGAGGAUUACACGGAUGAGGACUCUGAUUUAGACUUUGACGUGGACGCUCUGGAGAAGCGAGAGAAACAGAAGAAGGAGAUCGGAAGGAAAGGCUCCAAAACAAAGGUGGUUCCCUCGGAGGUUGAUGAUAAGUUCUUCAAACUGUCAGAGAUGGAGUCGUUUCUUGAUGAUAUGGACAAGCGAGAGGGAAAGGAGGAGGAUGAAGAUGCCCUAGACUACUUUCAGGACCUGCCCUCUGACGAGGACGAUGAUCUUGACCUAGAGCAAAUACUUUCUACCAAAAAGCAGAAGAAAACCACUGAAAAGAGCUCCAGGAAUCUCAAGUACAAGGACUUCUUCGACACUGUGGAUAGUGAACCAGCUAAAGCAGAUGACCAGUCAGAUGGCGGAGAUGACAGCAUGGCUGAAAGCCAGGAAGAAGGUGAAGAAGAAAUAGAUGACGAGGAAGAUGAUUAUGAUGGUGAAGAGGAGGGUGACGAUGAGGUUGGCGAGAGAAGUCAGUCCAAAGCAUCUCAUAAGAAAGUGGCCUUUAACCUCUCUGGGGACGAGGACAGUGAAGGGGAGGACAUGGCGGACAUUUUUGGAGGAAAAACUCCAAGCUCGGCGAAGUCUGAAUCAAAGUCGUCAUUUGAGAAACGGCAAGAAAAGAUGACAGAGAAGAUCAAGGAGCUGGAGAGCGCCGCUCUAGGAGAGAAGCCCUGGCAGUUGUCAGGAGAGGUGACGGCACAGACUCGUCCUGAGAACAGCAUGCUGGAGGAAGAUGUGGAGUUUGAGCAAACAUCCAGGUUUGCCCCUGCUAUCACGGAGGAAACCACAUUACAGAUCGAAGACAUCAUCAAACAGAGAAUUAAAGACCAGGCAUUCGAUGAUGUGGUCCGCAAAGAAAAACCUAAAGAGGAGGUGUUUGAGUACAAGAAGAGGCUAACAUUGGACCAUGAGAAGAGCAAGCAGAGUCUAGCAGAAAUCUAUGAGCAAGAAUACCUCAAGCAGAAUCAGCAAAAAACAGAGGAGGAGAACCCUUCCCAUGUAGAAAUUCAAAAGCUUAUGGACACACUCUUCCUGAAGUUAGAUGCUCUCUCCAACUUCCACUUCACACCUAAACCUCCUGUUCCUGAGGUCAAAGUGGUGUCUAACCUGCCAUCCAUUGCAAUGGAGGAGGUGGCUCCAGUCAGUGCUAGUGAUGGUACGCUGCUCGCACCAGAAGAAAUCAAGGAAAAGAACAAAGCAGGAGAUAUUCUGGGUGAUACUGAGAAGACGUCAACAGACAAGAAGCGUGAGAGACGUCACAAGAAGACGGUGAAGCGUCUAAAGAUCAAGGAGAAAGAACAGAGACAGAAACUUAAAGAGGCCAGUACAACUGGGGAGACCAAAAAGCUAUCAAAGGCUGAAGUCACAGAAAACCUGAAGAAACUCACAAAAGGAGGCAAAGCCACGAUACUCAAGGACGAAGGAAAGGAUAAGGCUCUGAAGUCCUCUCAAGCCUUCUUCUCUCAGCUGCAGGACCAGGUCAAAAGUCAGAUCAAAAGUACAAAGGACCAGUCUUCAAAGAAGAAGAAAAACAAAGAAGUUUCUGUCAGCAAACUCAAGUUAUAGAAACUGGGUGUUUGUUGUGGAAGAUCAACGUUUUAUUGUACAGAUUCUUUUUAAUGAGAAAGCUGCAAUAUAUUGCAAUCUAAAAGUCCUUGUUAAAUGUUUCCAUUUUCAUUAAAAUAAAUCAAGUGCCCAGA